CGGGAGGCGGAGGCAGCGGGCCCUGCCCUGCCCGUCCCAUCCCCGAGGCGUCGUCCCGUGCCUCGUCCCCCUCCUGCCUCUGUGGCCGCCUCGUUUGCUCUGUUUGUCGGAGGCUGUUCUCUGCUCCUGCCCUCUUCCCUCCUGCUGCCUCUGCCUCUACUCCUCCAGGCUGCGAGGGCCGCGUUUGGAAGCCCAAGCGCCCCUCCGCCUUCUCCCUCGCCGCGGCCCCGUUUGCCCUGUUAGCUCGGAAAACGCGGCGAUCGAUAAGUGUAUACGGAGCACAGUUGUCAUCAGAAGCUUGCAGGGAGCUGGGCUUCUCCAGUAACUUGCUGUGCAGUUCUUGCAACCUUCUUGGACAGUUCAAUCUGAAUCAGUUGGAUCCGUUCUGCAGGCAGUGCUGCCAAGAAGAAGCUCAGUUGGAAACUAGAAAGCUUUAUGCAGGAGCUGUCCUAGAGGUAUGUGGAUGAAAAUUGGGAAGGUUCCCUCAAGUCCAGGCUUUUGUCAGGAGCGAUAAGCCAAAACUCUUCAGGGGACUGCAAAUCAAGUAUGUGCGUGGUUCUGACCCUGUACUAAAGCUGCUGGACGACAGUGGGAACAUUGCAGAAGAACUGAGCAUCCUCAAGUGGAAUACAGAUAGUGUGGAAGAAUUUCUAAGUGAAAAAUUAGAACGUCUAUAAAUCAUCACUUUCGGUCCUCUUUCCUUUUCAUGUUUUGUCAUGGUAAUCUUCUCAGAUGUGGUGUGCUACAACUGAAAAAACAUUCCAGCUUCUAUAUUAAUUUUAAAAUAUCUGUUGUGCUGUACUAAACAUCUUGUAAUUAGAAGGGGAAGCUUCAGCACACGUAUCUGACAAGUUGACAAACAGAAUAGCUUGUCUUAAUACAUUUCAGCUCUUAAUGCAUUUAUCACUAACAAAAUGCUUUGUUUCAAAGUUAAUUAUGCAAAUAUCAGUUUGUUAUAAUUGGACCUGUUUUUACAAAUGCUCUUAAAACUGAAGAGCUUCAAAUAAUAGAAGUGAUUACCAUGCUUUUUGUCUGCUGCUGUUUGUAAGAAAGUCAGAACCAAAUGCAAUGUACUAUCUCCCAAAGAAACUUGACUGCUAAUGCCCUCUUUUUUUGUAUUUGAACUGUCCUUUUUAUAGAAGCAUUGUUUACAGUGAGUAUCUAGUUCACAGGUUUUAAAGCUGAUGGAGGAACUCAUGCUCUGGUACUGUGAAACAUUUAGUAAGUACACUUUAGUGAAGACUACAUAGAAAACCUCUGAGGUGUAUGGAAGUCCGAUGUCAGGUGUACUUUACGUUAAGUGUUUUGCUUCAGAAAACAUGAGAGAGAAGUCUUGAAAAACCUUUCCUUCUAGCUUUCACAUGUUUAUUGGAAAUCUGUUUAUCAAAUGAAUUUAUAAACUGUUCUUUUAAAAUGUAUAUUUUUCUUUCUCAGUUGGAAUUUAUGUGAACAGGGAAUAUAGACAGUGCGUAUGGUAAUGAGUCAAAUCCAUUAUGACUUGUCAGGUUUUUUCCACUUAGAGUGAAUAAAUACGGUAAGCAACA